AAGUGCGACGGCCCGUUCAGUCUGCGUCUGGCCUCCGAUCGUGCACGACGGCCUGAGUGAAAAACUCUCUAAUUUUGUUUGUUUGUUUGUGUCAAUGAGAGUGAUGCUGUGAGAGCGAGACAUGGCACCGGGACAGCACCUGGUGGACGACACGGGCGCCUGGGCUGCGCCAGGGGUCAUCCUCGGCUCGGGGGGCAGCGACCGAUUUCUGCAGUUGGCAGUCACGCCGCGCACCUACAACGCGUUCGACGAUGACGACGGCGGCGGCAUCCACAUGCCCUCCGAGUACGACCGCUUCAUGGCUGACGUCUGGGUCGGGGUGGUUCUCACCCUCAUGGUCUUCAGCUGCCUCUGCUGCAUGUGCUCCUGCAUGCUGUACCACCGCUUUCAGGAGUGGAAAAGAGGAGUGCUAGCGGCCGCGGCAGCGCGCGAGGGAGGUGAAAACGGCCCGCUGCCUGAAGAGGCCCUUCCCAAUUACACACUAGUCUCCGGCCUUCCCAGUUACGACGAAGCCCUGCAGCAGUGGCGAGCGGCCCGCGUGCACCGAAAAAGUUCAGUGUCCAAAAUGGCCGAGGCCAUCCAGGUGGCCGCGGCCAAGACGCCGCCACCGGCGCCCCUCAGAAGACUGUCUGUGUUGGAGUUUCUGCUCAACUACAAGGGCCAAAAGACGGUGCCCAGUGUGGUCAACAGACACAUAGCAGACGUGUAAAGCUCAAGAAUUGAAAGUGUUAUUUUGCGCUUUGCCUCACAGACAAAAUUAAUACACGAGCAAAGAAUCAACUCGAAUUUUUUUAAGUUUAUAAAAAGUGUAAAAAAAAUAAGAGGGUCUCUAGAUUAUUUUAUCGAAAUUAAACAAAAUUUAUAUUAACUCUGAUUUAUUUUUAUAAGAAUUUGAUUGAUUUGGUCCUUUUCAAAAUUAUUUGUCAAAAAAGAAAAAUAAUGAAUUUGCUUCAAUUGAAUUUUUUUAGUGCAAGCAUUUGAAGGCCAAACGUCCCACGUUUUUAAUUACUCUUUACCUUACACGUAAUGUAUAAAUAUUAUGAAAAAGACUGAUCGAUCUAUGAGAAAAUCGGAAUGUCCCACGUUCAGAGUUUGUUUUUCGAAACCGUGCGAAUGUGAAGGCGCGCUGCACUCGACUUGUUUCAAAGCCGUCCGCCUUGUGAGAAGCCGAUCUGACCAAGGAAAAGUGCAACCAGUGCAAGACACUCGACCGACAUUCCGUUCAAUUACCUUGUUUGUACAUCAACUUAUGUAACAAGACGAAUAAAACCAAAUGCUACAAUACAAAAACCGCUGCGGCGC